AGCAUUGGAUUCGGGAAUCUCGGCUGCUACCUCUGUCUUCGGGCUACCUCACUGUGGUUGAUGCUGGUCUGGUCUCGACAUUUGUUGAAAGAUGGCACAGGGAGACCAACUCAUUUCAUUUUCCAUUUGGAGAGAUGACUGUUACUUUAGACGACGUCACGACUCUCCUUCACAUAUCACCCAAUGGUAAUUUUUUUGAUGCACCUGUGAAUAUGAACACUAAUAAUGUUGCUAGAGCUGCACAUGAGUACUUAGGUGCAACUUGGGAGGAAUCUCUAGCUGAGAUUAAUUUUAAUAAAUGUGCCCAAUAUAGAUUGCAGUGGUUGCGUGACUUAUAUAGUCGUCUCAUUCAAACUAACUAG